CACAGCCUAUGGAGGUCCAAUCGAAACCGCACAAUGAAACUACCUACGGCGUGCUCGAGGUGCAGAAGGAGGCGCAAAAAGUGUUUCCGAACAAAACCUGGAGGUCCGUGUGACGCCUGUGCUAAGAAACAGCAUCAUCAAUGUUCCCUCGUCCCGACUUCUCCUCAGCCACGACGUGUCUCUCCACAGCCACAGCACGUCUCGGCCAAACACAAUGAUCUGAGCCCACAAUCUUCUCUCUCGCAUGACCUCAUCGAAGAACUUGUGGAGAAUUACAUUUACUAUAUACUUGACAGACCUCAUACUCUCUUCCAUCUACCCACCUUGCGAACUGCAGUGAGAGAAGAUACGUUGGGAGAUGCCUUGCUGUCCGCCAUACUGGCAUUUGGCUGUCGAUUCCAUGAUAAGCCUGAAAUAGCAUCCCUUGGGCCUGCUUUCAUGGAAAAGGCCAAAAGCCUACUGAAGCAGGAUAUGGAGAAUAUCUGUCUUGAGAAUAUCCAGACGUGCGUCCUGCUCGCAAAUUUAUCGUCUUCGUCAAAGAAUCCUGAAUCUGAAGCCCUCUUUGUUGCCCUUGGCAUUCGUAUGGCCGAAAUUCUUGGUCUGGAUCGUCCGGAUCCGGAGGACUCUGAGGUUUUACGUGAAACAAAAUGCAGGGUGUGGUGGACAUUGUUCAUGGCGGACCGUUGGAGUUCGGUCGGUCGCAACCUGCGUCGCGCGAUGCCGGACUUGAAUCAGGAGACUCCCCUGCCAAUGGAUGAAGAUGUUUUCCAUCAUCUGGAUGUUGACCAAGGUAGUGAGAGAUCCCCUACGCGCCCUCGUACACUGGGACUUUGGGCAUACAAUAUCAUGCUUGCAAAGAAGCUGGGGCCUAUCCGGGACUUGAAUAAGCAGUGGAAUCAGGAGGAUCUUUCCGAAGAUUACGUGAUGCAACGCGUCGCGGAUCUAGCAGAAGGCCUACAACUUUGGGAAGCGGGUCUUCCCGAGGAGAAGAAAGCGACAGAGGAGAACCUUCGGGCACACAGUGCCAAAAGUCUUGGGGGACCGUUCCUCGCCAUACAUACAGGCUACCACCAGCAUUUCGUGCUUCUGUUGUUCAGAUUCCUGGACCUCAAUCGGGCCCAGACACCCAAGACAAUCGAGUAUGCCGAGCUCUGCAAGUAUCACGCAAGGUCGAUCAGUCAACUCGUCCAACUCUCGCGCCAAGUUCCGAAUUGCGCAAUGGUUUUUGGAGGAGUGGGCUACAUGACAGUUGCUUCUUCUGCGGUACUGCUGCAUACACUCAUUUUCGGCCAGCAAGAUGACACGGCUGAUAUCAGAGCCAAGCUGGAGUCCAAUUAUGAAACCAUCUAUGAGCUUCAAAAAUACUGGCCUUCGAUUCAAAACUCGGUGAAACGUCUCGAACUGUUCCAAAAGACUUGUACGAGGCCCGGCGCAAUGCAAACCUAUAAGUUCGACAAGUGGAUGGUGAGAUUUCUGGUGGAACACCAUCUCCCGCUGGAUGAGCCUGAGGGGGAUCUAUCGCCUGGUGAGGUAUAA